AUGCAACUCCACGCCCUCCUACUGGCAACGGCCUCAAUUGCCGCAAGGAUACCGCUUGAGAAGAGAGCAUCGCCUUCUGCUCUGAGCGACGUGACCAUUUUCGAUCCACCGUCCGAUUAUAACGUACCACGAACGCUGUAUGCGCGAAACGUGCAGCUCCCAAACGGCGACUUGCUCGCGACCUGGGAAAACUACUCUCCCGAACCACCGGCCGUGUAUUUCCCAAUUUAUCGCUCCAGCGACUACGGCCAAACAUGGACGGAGAUCUCUCAGGUUCAGGACACGGUAAAUGGCUACGGGCUGCGUUACCAGCCCUUCCUGUACUAUUUGAACGAGAGCAUCGGUUCGUACGAUGCAGGCACGCUGCUUCUCGCGGGUAAUAGUAUCCCAACGAACUUGUCAUCGACCCAUAUCGACCUGUAUGCGUCGACCGAUGAAGGUAUAACAUGGGAGUUCGUGAGCAAUAUCGCAGCGGGUGGCGAGGCUGAGCCGGAUAACGGGCUUACGCCGGUGUGGGAGCCGUUCUUGAUGGCGUAUAAUGGCAAGCUAAUCUGCUAUUACUCGGACCAGCGAGAUAAUACCACCUACGGACAGAAAUUAGUCCAUCAGCUUCCAAACGGAGAAUACCUAUAUAUCUACGAGUACGGCUCAUACUUCGACACAACCACCUACUCGUUCCCUCUCUACUACCGCCGCUCUUCAGACCCAGAGGACUUUGCCUCCGCCACUGGCGAACGGCUAGUGGUUUCAAGCGGCACAGAGCCAACAUCUUCGCCGUACGUGACAUGGACCUCGUACGGUGGCACCAAUGGUACCAUAAUUGCUAGCUCGGGAUCUUACUCGACCCUAUUUAUCAACCAGGCCCUUGGUGAAGGUGAAUGGACGGAGAUAUCUUGCUCGGAGGGCACGAGCUACUCGCGUUCAUUGAGGGUUUUGUCUGAGAGCAACGAGCAGUAUCUACUGGUAAAUGGCGCUGGAGUUUCUGGGGGAACUAGCAAUUCUGUGACCGUUACUGUGGUGGAUUUGGGUGAUUCGCUCUGA